AUGAUUGGAUUCAUUUCGAAGGUCUGGUUCCAAAAUCGGCGGGCCAAAUGGAGAAAACAGGAGAAAGUCGGUCCUUCAGGUCACCCCUACAAUCCUUACCUCAAUCCCACUGCUCCAGGACCAUCUCCUCCAGUUGUCGCUCCGACGCUGCCUAAUCCUUUUAAUCUUCCGUUUGGCUUAAGGAAACCUUUUGACUCCCUUACAUUCCGUUAUCCUCCCCAUGUCCUUCCAGGAUACCUUCCGUCACCACAGUCGUAUCACAGGGGUGGACCUCCUCUUCUGCCUCCUUCAGUGGGAUUGUAUCCUUCGGCCAGCUCCUUUCAGACUCUUUUAGCAAAUAUAUCGGCAGCGCAACGGCCGAAGCAGGAAUUCACGGCCUCGCCACCAUUAAGUCCCGGGUCUUCAGGAUCUGGGGUGACACCUCCUGACGUGGAUAGGCGCAGUUCUAGUAUAGCCUCUUUGAGGCUUAAAGCUAGGGAGCAUGAAAUGAGGCUAGAGUUGCUAAGACAGAAUGGUGAUUUAAUAAGUUGA